AUGGACGGCGCCCCCCUCAGCGAGCUGUCCUGGUCGUCCUCCCUGGCCGUGGUGGCUGUGUCUUUCUCUGGGAUCCUCACCGUCAUCGUCCUCAUGUUGGCCUGCCUGUGCUGUAAGAAGGGCGGCAUCGGGUUCAAGGAGUUUGAGAACGCUGAGGGGGAUGAGUACGUGGCCGGCUUCUCUGCGCGCGGCUCCCCGGCGGCCACGGCGCGAGGCGGCCCCGACGUGUACAUUCUACCACUGGCCGAGGUCUCGCUGCCCGCCGCCAAGCAGCCGGGCCGUUCAGUGCAGCUCCUCAACCCCACAGACCUGGGCCGGCACAGCCUCCUGUACCUGAAGGAGAUUGGUCACGGCUGGUUCGGGAAGGUGUUCCUGGGGGAGGUGAACUCGGGCAGCGGCAGCAGCCAGGUGGUGGUGAAGGAGCUCAAGGCCAGCGCCAGCGUGCAGGAGCAGAUGCAGUUCCUGGAGGAGGUGCAGCCCUACAGGGCCUUGCAGCACAGUAACCUGCUCCCGUGCCUGGCGCAGUGCGUGGAGGUGACGCCCUACCUGCUGGUGAUGGAAUUCUGCCCACUGGGGGACCUCAAGGGUUACCUGCGGAGCUGCCGGGUGGUGGAGUCCAUGGCGCCUGACCCGCUGACCCUGCAGCGCAUGGCCUGCGAGGUGGCCUGCGGGGUCUCGCACUUACACCAGCACAAGUACGUGCACAGCGACCUGGCCCUGAGGAGCUGCCUGCUCUCGGCAGACCUGACAGUGAAGAUCGGCGACUACGGCCUGUCACACUGCAAGUACAGAGAGGACUACUUCGUGACUGCCGACCAGCUGUGGGUGCCGCUGCGCUGGAUCGCGCCGGAGCUGGUGGACGAGGUACACAGCAACCUGCUGGUGGUGGACCAGACCAAGGCCAGCAAUGUGUGGUCCCUGGGGGUGACCAUCUGGGAACUCUUUGAGCUGGGUGUGCAGCCUUAUCCGCACCACUCGGACCGCCAGGUACUGGCCUACGCCAUCAGGGAGCAGCAGCUCAAGCUGCCCAAGCCCCAGCUGCAGCUGCCCCUGUCUGACCGCUGGUACGAGGUGAUGCAGUUCUGCUGGCUGCAGCCGGAGCAGCGGCCCACGGCCGAAGAGGUGCACCUGCUACUGUCCUACCUGUGCGCCAAGGGCGCCACUGAGGCCGAGGAGGAGUUCGAGAGGCGCUGGCGCUCGCUGCGGCCCGGCGUGGGUGGCGAGGGCGGUGGCGCGGGCCCCGGGGCGGGGUUGGCGGGCCUGGCGCUGGGCGGCGCCGCCGAGUUGGUCGCCGCCUCGUCCUUCCCGCUGCUGGAGCAGUUUUCGGGCGACGGUUUCCACGCGGAGGGCGACGAUGUGCUGACGGUGACCGAGACGAGCCGCGGCCUCAACUUCGAGUACAAGUGGGAGGCGGGCCGCGGCGCCGAAGCCUUUGCGCCGCCGGGGGGCGCGCCGAGCCCGGGCCGCUCUGCGCGCCUGCAGGAGCUGUGCGCCCCCCACGGCGCCCCGCCCGGCGUGGUGCCCGUGCUCAGCGCGUACAGCCCCUCGGUAGGCCGCGAGUACUUCAUUCGUCUGGAGGAGCCUGCCGCUGGCCACGACCCCGACUGCGCCGGCUGUGUCCGCAGCCCGCACGCCGCGCGCCCCGACGACGAUGACGACUACGACUCGGAUGGCAGCGCCGCUGCCUCUCUGGCCAUGGAGCCGCUGCUGGGCCCCCCGCCCCCCGCCGGCGGCCUUUGGGGCCACUGCGACUACUACUCGCGCAGGAGCCGCGCACGGGUCCCGGCCGGCCCCUCGCGCUCGCCCUCGCCCCGGGCCCUGAUGCUGGCGGAGCCAAGCGCCGAGGACGCGGGCUGGGGCGCGGCCGCCUUCUGCCCGGGCUUCUUCGAGGACCCGCUGUGCGCGUCACCCUCGGGGAGCUUCGGGGCCAGGCCAUCGCCAGGAGGAGAGGAGCCAGGGGAGGCCGAGGCGCGCAGGGCGGCCCAGCACAGACACUGGAGCUCCAACAUGUCGGCCAACAACAACAGCGGCAGGGGUCGCCGCGCUCCGGAAUCAUGGAGCCCGGGCUGCGCAGACGGCUGCCCUGACGCAGAGCAGAGCCCCCUGGCUGAGCCUGAGCCAGGCCACCUCCUGGCCCAGGAGGACCCAGGAGAGCCUCUCCUUGGGCCGCAGAUAGCCUCCCCUGACCAGGAGCCAGACCACUGCCUCAGUCUCCCCCGUCUUCGCCCUGCUCAGGGCCUGGCCCCUGGUGCCAUCGUGUCCCCGUGGGCAGAGGCAGCUGUGAAUGGGAAUGAGGACCCUGGGGCAGAGCCCAAGCUUGCCGAGCAGGCGGGGGGCUCCCGCAGACCCCAGCCGCCUCUUCCCUCUGUGUCCUCCCCCUCCCAGGAGGGAGCCCCACUUCCCGCAGAGGAGGCCCCGGCCACUCUGCCUGCCUCGCCCACACCUGCUGCUGGCAGCCGGGCCACCGCCUCUGAGCUGGCAGGGACCGCCGACAGCCGCAGCAGCUCCCCCGAGCCUGAGGUGCCCGGCAGUGAGGACGAGGACACAACAGAGGCCACUUCAGGCAUCUUCACAGACUUGUCCAGUGAUGGGCCCCCCACGGAGAAGCUGGACGGGGCGCCAGCCUUCCGCUCCCUGCAGAAGCAGGUGGAGACCCCGGACUCCCUGGACUCCCUGGACAUCCCAUCCUCGGCCAGUGAUGGCGGCUGCGAGGUCUUCAGCCCGUCAGCCACUGGCACUCCUGGCGGGCAGCCCCGCGCCCUGGACAGCGGCUACGACACAGAGAACUAUGAGUCCCCCGAGUUCGUGCUCAAGGAUGCACACGAGCCCCGGGAGGCUGAGACCUUUGGGGAGCUGGCAUCGGAGGGCGAGAGCCCGGUGCCGGAGACGCGGCUCUCUGCCUCUCUGGGCGGCGGCCUCAGCGAGAAGAACCCCUACCGUGACUCAGCCUACUUCUCAGACCUGGACACCGAGCCCGAGCCCUCCACGGGCACCAAAGAGAAGCUCAGCUGUGUCGUCCCUGCCCCCGCGCCGGAGCUGGGACUGAAGAGCCCGCAGAGCCCCAAGCAGUCUGCACAGAGCUGCCUGGGGCCUGGGCUGCCCGGGGAGGCGCAGGACGCUGGCCCUAGGGAGGCAUCCCCGCCGCCGUUGCCGGAGGAAGAGUCAUCCCCAGAGCCCAGCGCCUGCCCCGGGCUGCAAGGACCAGCCGAGGCGCUGCCCGCAACCAACCCCGGCCGCUCUAAGUUUUUCCUGCUGAUCCCAGUCCCACCAGGCUCAGAGAAUGACCGUCCCGAGCCCCAGGAGGCCCCACAGGAGCAGACAGGGGCCAGCGGCGGGGAGCGGGCGGCGGGUGUGGGCGCCCCUAGAGCCCCGCUCUGCCUGGCCCUACCGGGCCUAGCCCCCAAGGGCAGGCCAGAGGAGGACGAGGAGGACAGCGAGGACAGCGACGAGUCGGACGAGGAGCUUCGAUGCUACAGCAUCCAGGAGCCCAGCGAGGAGAGCGAGGAGGAGGCGCCGUCCGUGCCGGUGGUGGUGGCCGAGAGCCAGAGCGCGCGCAACCUGCGCAGCCUUCUCAAGAUGCCCAAUUUGCUCUCCGAGGCUUUCUGCGAGGACUUGGAGCGCAAGAAGAAGGCAGUGUCCUUCUUCGACGACGUCACGGUCUACCUCUUCGACCAGGAGAGCCCCACUCGCGAGCUCGGGGAGCCUUUCCCAGGCGCAAAGGAGGCGCCCCCCACGUUCCUGGCGGGCAGCCCCUGCUCCCCCAGCCCCCCGGGCAGGCUGCGGCGGAACGACGACCACGCCCCCGGCUGCACCGCGGCGGAAGAGGGCGGCGGGUUCGAGUGGGAUGACGACUUCCCCCUGAUGCCGGCCGAGGCAGCCUUGGCGACAGCGCUGGGCGCGGGGGCGGCGGAGCCCACCCGGUCGGCGCCGCCCAAGUCGGCCGCGCCCAGCCCCUUCUCCCGCUUCACCGUGUCGCCCGCGCCGGGGUCCCGCUUCUCCAUCACGCAAGUCUCCGACUCAGAUGUGGAGGCCGUGGGAGGUCCUGCCCGAGGCGCUGGGGGCAGCUGUACAGAGGCUUGAGGCCAGGUGGCACUGACCUCUUGGAGGUUGGUGUUGCUGCAGCCACUGCUGCUUGCCGCAGGCUGAGUCCAGGACGGUGACCAGGAAUGACAGCAGCAGCUUUUGGCCCCCCCGGGCCUCAGAGGCGCAGGGCAGGACAGAGCCCCAGCUAGGACUGUGACCAAGGCUUGGGGCCUGCCCCCAGGCUGCUUGGGGCAGGCUUGACCCAGACACUUGGGUUUGCUGCUAGGUUCCCCCAUAGCCCCCCAGCCUGCAGUCCCCGGGGCCACGGGCGU